AUGGCAGUGACAAUGCCUGACGGUCCGAUUCGGAAGGCAUGCGAUCGGUGUCACAGGCAGAAGCUCAGCUGUAAGCGCGUCGGCGAUGAAGCCUGUGAGCGUUGUAUCAGACUCAAGGAAGAGUGCACCUCGAGCCCUUCUCUGCGUUAUCGAAAGCAACACCAUCAAUACGGCUCAACAGGAGAGGCUGUAAGAAGAGCUGUCCCAUCUCCCAAGCGUCAGCGUACGCAGAGCGGGGGCCAAGCCGCACAGUCCGACCAAGCUAUCAUCAAGACCCAACAUGGCGGUCCCGUCUGUGGUAACACGGCAUUUGGAGACAAUGCUGUCGUUUCACCUGAUGCCAUGCUUGACAUGGUCGACUUCGACUUCGGCUUCGGCAACUCUGCCGGCCUCUAUCAACCCAGCACACACCAACAACAAUUACCCCAGACCUUCACCGGUGCCAUGGAUGAUCUGAUGUCAGGACAUGGAGAAUCCAUUGCCCAUCCUUGGAGCCCAGUUCACUCUGCAACUUCAGAGUCGGCAUUCACCUCACCCAUGGCCCCGCAAGCAGACCAGGUUGGCCGGAUCUAUCUCGGAAGCCCUGCUUUGCAAAGACAAUCUUCAAGAGCCAGCAAGCCACAUGACUUUACUCCACCGCGGAGGGCAAGGAAGCGCGUCAAGCAAAGAACAAGGCAGAUCAUGCUCCGGCCGUAUGCUGCUGGCCAAGGGUCAUCGACUGGAGAGUGGAUGCCUCGGAUCACCGAAGUCAACUCGCGGCUCUUUGAGCUGUCGUCGAAUCUACCCGCUCAGAUCGACUCAUCCGAGGAGCCCGGCCAAUCCAGCACAGCCUCGACGCCCGAUGACGGAAGCUCGACCAUGGCACCUUUCCCUGUUGAUGAGAUGUUCAAACUCUCUCGACACUUUGCAGACCUUCUUGCGGAAAUGUCUCCACCGAUGGAGGCCGCCUCUCCCGCAAGCGAUGGCGGGAACUCUGUACUAGCCAAAGGGCUCAACUCCUUGUCGGAUCCGGCGACCUGUCUCUUCGUCCUCUCGACGUAUGUUCGGCUCCUGGACAUGUAUCAGAAGGUCUUCAGCUGCAUUCACUCAGAGCUAAAACAGCUUGAGUCGGGCAACCUGUUUCAGUCAUGGAAACUUCCUGGCGUCACUGUGGGCUCCUUUGCCGUCGAAUCGACGCCGUCUUUGCAGAUGUCUCUCACGAUUCAGCUAGCGGAGGAGUUCCUUCUACAGAUGCGGCGAGCAUCUUCGUCGCUAGAUCCGACUCUGCGAUCGGAUGGUUCACCAGCGGGCAAGGCGCCUGAUGCAGCUUCCUCCAUGUUCUCUGGAGUAGUUGAUGUCUCAUUUCAGGCCCUGAAGAGGCAAGAAGAGAGCCUAGGCAAGGAACUAAAGGAUCUACGCAAGGCGAUGGAGACUUUUCUCGACGGAUAA